GAGUUGAGUACUAGCCUAUGCCUACUGCUACUAACUACUCUAGUACUACUAGGCCUAGUAGUAGUAGUAGUACCAGGGAGUUGUUAUAUAGUGGUACAGGUAUACUAAGUAGGCCUAUAGACUAGCCUAGGCCUGGAGGCUAGAAGGCCUAGAUGGAAGUAGAGUAGAUUUGUCCCUCAACCCAUGCUCAGAGUUAUAUAGGCCUACCAGUGCUUGUCUUUCGUUAAGAGAUCACACUUUGGCAGAAUGGAGAACCUGCAGUCAUGGAAAAUAGCUACCAUUCUGCUGUGUUUGUAUGGCUUCUUCAAGGAACUACGACCAUCUGAACCAUACCUUACACCAUUCCUUCUGGAAUCAAAGAAUGUCACAGAGGAUGAAGUUGAUAACCAGAUAUACCCAAUUUGGACCUAUUCCUACAUGGUAUCUCUUGUACUGGUGUUCCUUGUGACAGACUUUCUCUUGUAUAAACCUGUAAUUGUCUCAGAAGGAAUUGCAUAUUUAGCAACUUGGUCACUUCUGCUCUGGGCCUCUGGAGCAAUGUUAAUGAAGCUUAUGCAGUUUUUUUAUGGUGUAGCUACUGCAACUGAAAUCGCUUACUAUUCUUACAUCUAUGCAGUAGUCACCCCAGAACACUAUCAAAAAGUGUCUAGUUUCACAAGGUCUUCUGUUUUGAUUGGUCGAUUCUUUGCAGGAGUUCUUGGUCAGUUAUUACUUAGUCUAAACUUACUGGAAUACUUUGGCCUCAAUGUGAUAUCUAUGGUGUCAGUAUCAAUUGCGUUUUUAAUAAGCUUAAGUCUGCCAUUAGUGAAGACGAGUGUUUAUUUCCACACGGAUGAAGAUCUUAAUGAUGGCAGUAUUCCAUCAGACACCAGUGACACAAGGCCUACAGAUAAUGAACCUAUCCGAGACACAGAAUAUCUGACACCACCAGACAUUAAUAUUACUGUGAAACAGAACUGCCAAUCAAGUUUCCAGCGACUGUGGUCAGAUUUCAAGGCCUGUUAUUCCUCAAGAAACCUUUUGCAGUGGUCAUUCUGGUGGGCAUUUGCAACUUGUGGGUACUUCCAAGUUGGAAACUACAUUCAAAAUUUGUGGGAUGUAAUCUUGUACAAGCAGUCUAACGGUGGCAGCCAUCACCAGGUAUGGAAUGGUGCUGUUGAGGCAGCUGCAACUUUAGCUGGUGCAUUAUCAGCCUUCUUGAUCAUGUUUUCCAAUGUCAACUGGGACAUUUUUGGAGAAGCAAUUCUAGCGGCAGUCUCUGUAUUAGAUGCCAUCUUGCUUACCUUCAUGGGUUGGACCACCAAUAUCUGGCUGUGUUACGCUUUCUACAUCCUCUUCCGAUCUUCGUAUCAACUUGUAAUCACCAUUGCAUCGUACCAGAUAGCACGUCACCUCGCAUCCGAACGCUUUGCAUUGGUGUUUGGCUGCAACACCUUCAUUGCUCUUGUUCUGGAAUCAAUAUUAACUAUAAUUUUUGUUGAUUAUCGAGGGCUCAAUCUACCUGCAGAUACACAGUUCUUGGUGUAUGGAGGGUACUACUAUAUUCUGGCAGUGUUCUUUACUGCGAGGGCAGUAUAUGAACUGACCACACUUGGUUGGCGUCAGGCAUGGAGACAUCGUUACAGACCAAAGGAUGCACCAGGAGAUGAUGACUCUAAUUCAACUGAAAUUAAUCAUCUACAUGUACCAUCAGAUGUUACUGCUUCAGCAAUAAAUGUAUAAUUUCAUAGAGGUAAAAUGCUAGUGUUUGCCAUACUAAUCUAUUAAUAACUUCAUUCUUUAAUAAAAUAGUUUUCUUAAUGGUAUAUUGUCAAUAGUAUUAAAAUUAAUAUUAUAAGUCAGUGGUGGCGUCAUCACUUUCAUUUGCCCUGAAUUUUCCUAUCCCCGACUGAUCACUAUAUCGAUAUAGUGCCUUCGAUUUUUUGCGUCUUAUGUGCAAAAAGCUCGAAGCUGAGGUAAUUUUACUGCAGUACAUUGCGGUGGAAUAUUUCCAGCAACGUGCACAGCCAACGCAACAAAUCUCGCUCUACAGUGCUGGAUAACAUAAAUGAAGCCUAGACCGUUCUAGGCAAGGCCUAGAAAAGUAUCAUGAGUAUGAGGUAACAAGGUGAUUGACUUAUAAAGAACUAAAAAAAUAAGGUAACAUGGAAAUAAUUCAUAAUAAUGUUUACAAUUCACUUUAGUCUAUUAAACAAAUGUCUACCAGGAGGUAGGUCUACCUAAUACCCCAAGCCUGCGGGCGGCUUCUGGCAGUUUUUUCAAGAACUAAUGGCUCCUUCGGCUUAUUACAGUAUGAAGUAUUAUUCUUUUUGUUGUUCUUUUUAUUAUUUUAAAUUAAUAAAUAUAUUUACAUAGUUAUAUAUACCAGUAUGUGUUUUUUUUUUUUAUCUAAAUUUCAUGGUCUGUUGUAUGUUUUAUAUUGGUAUCUUAUUGUUUUAUUGUGAUAUCUUGACAAAAAUAAUCAAUCGGCAAGAAAUAGCCGGUAGGAAAAAGAGAAAUUAACCGACAGAAAUUAGCCUAACAAGCAAUACAGUAUUAUACAUCAGUUGGUGAAGCAAUAUUGGGCUCUGUUAGUACUUCGAUGGAAGACCGUCUUUGGACUAACCAGGCGCUGUAGUAGCUUCAGUGACUUGGAUAAUAGGAUUAAUAAUGUUGAAACAUUCCAUAUUUUUUAUCUUCCUUGUAGUUAAAUGUCUUCAGCUUUCUGGGUUACAGAUUAAAUAAGUUCUAACAUUUCUUUUCAUUUCAAUUUUCCUAAUUUAAAGAUAAUUUUGAAAGAA